GGUUUACCAACAUAAAAAUGCAAAUUUAUCAUGUCCAUGGUUGACAGUGUUGACAACAUAAUAUAUGCAAUUGUCUCAUAUUUUACAUCAGGUAACGAUCGCAUGUAUUAUAAAUUUUCAAUAAAGAAUCAUAUAUUUUAAAUUCUCAAAUAUUCUAUUGCUACUAUGAAACUACGCUAGACUAAAGAGGAAUUAAUAAAAUUAUUAAACAUGGACAAUAUUUUAACUUUGAGGUUUAAAAAUAUAACCUAGUCAUGGAUUAUUUAGGUGAAGUAAUAGCUCUCGGAAUUGACAGUAUAAUUUUUGGUAUUUGCAUGAAACAAUACUUUCACUGCAAAAAUGCAAUUACAGCAGUUAAGGGUGCCGAAUUUCAUGAAGUUGGGCCACAAUUGGGAGAGCUUAUCGAUAAAAGUUCCAAUAAUAAGAUAGACUAUAUAGCUAUUAGGGGUAUUGUAAAACCCUUAGGAAAACCAUUGAAUAGCAUUAAUAAUAAAAAAUUAACUGGUGUUGUACAAAAGCUCAAAAUCAAAGAACAUGUUGUAGCUAGAACUACUGCUGGUUUCUGGUCAGAUCAGGAGCGUAUUGUUCAUAAAGUUUAUAAUACUGUACCAUUCUCUUUACAACAUGGAAGUUAUUCUAUAGAAGUAUUGGAACCAUUGUCAGCAGAUAUUUUAGACUUGGAUGUGGUAUCUAAUACUUUUGAACCAACAGUACCAUCCUUUGCAGACCAUUUAUGGGGUUUUUUCACAGGUGUACGCCAGCGUGGUUUACAAUCAACUGAAGAACUACUUCGUGAAGGAUCAGUUAUGACAGGUAUAGGUGAAUUAGCAAGAACGAAAUCCAAAACACUUACAUUACAACCACCAUUAAAUGGUACACCAUUUUAUUUAACAAGCAUGUCAAUUAGUUCUUUGGUUAGGAAAUUGGAUGAACGUAAACGAACAUAUAGAUUAUUGUGUUUAAUGUUUGGUGCUAUUGGAAUGUUAAUUGGUGGAAUAGUUUUUCGACGUUAUUGGAAAGACAGAACAGAACAAAGAUUAGCAGAAGAUCUUAGACAAUCUCUAGCUGCAUCUCGGAAAGAAAGACGACAAAGAGUAAGAGACACUGAUCUUAGAGAAGAUCAGUUAUGCGUUGUUUGUCGUACAAAUCCUCGUGAGAUUAUUCUUCUUCCAUGUGGGCAUGUCUGUUUAUGCGAAGACUGCUCUGAUGACAUUACUAGCGAUUGUCCAGUUUGUAGAGCACCAAUUUCACAAAAAGCAGCAGCAUAUAUUAUUUAACAUUAGUACAAAUAUAAAUUUUUUAAAUUAUCUUUUUUUACUUGAUAAAAAUUAAUGUUUGUAGAAGUAAAAAAGUAAAUCAAUACGAAAUGAUUAAAAAUACUAAUGAAAGACUAAAAUGUACUUUGAACAAUAAAACAAUUAUUGGAGAUUCAAAAUAAUACAAAUGCGACUGAAAUUAUUUGCAAAUUUGUAUAUUUUAAUAACAUAUCCUGAAAUAUAUUUUAAAACAUAAGAAAUCAUCAAAAUUCUAAAUCUUUUUCUUUAAUCUGUUCAUUGUCUUUAUAUUUGUCAUUGCAUUUGUCUUUUGCAACAGACUCCAGUAUUCGUUUAACUUUAGUAGAUUUUCCAAUACCAAGUUUGGGAAGUCCUCUAUUCAAACCUUCUAGCAUAAUACACGCUUUGCAAAUUUCUUGGCUAGAUACAAAUCCGCAACGAGAACAAUUCCUUCGUUCCGGUAGUUUGAUACUUUCUUUUACUUGUAAUGUUUCUCCUACAAUGAAUGAUAUCCAAUAUAGAAGAAGGCCUAAUUCUCUCUAAAUCUUUAAGAUAUGUUCUUGCAUGUCCUCUGUAUGCAUUUGGUGCAAAUAUACAUUCUGUUGAAAAGUAUACCAACUGUUUAAAAUACGCAUACAUUACUAUUUCUUUCUCAUAUGCAUAUUUAAGAGGUUUGCAUCGUCUUAUGCAAUCUGCUCCUGCUAAUAAUUGAAGUACAUCUUUGUAAUCUUGCUACAUCACCUCUCAAGAUGUUCAUAAGAACUGUCUCUGCAAUAUCAUCAGCAUUAUGACCUGUUGCAAUACAAUCUACCCCUAAGAUAGCUGCACCUCUAUCUAAAGCUUGUCUUCGAAAUACACCACAAAAUGUACAGUUAUUUUUUUUGCCAAUUUCAGCCACAAUUUCAUCCAUUGUCCAUCCAUAUAAUUCUUUAUAAGAUAAUAUUUUUAAUGGGAGUCCAUAAUCAUCUUUAUUUUGCUGAACAGUUUUUAAACUAUCAUCUCUGUAUCCAGUUAUUCCCUCAUCAAUAGAUAAAAGAAAAAGGUCAAUUUUAUAUUGAUAUCUCUCAUUCAAGGUUUUUAAAACAUAUGCAAGUACUGUAGAAUCUUUUCCUCCUGACGCUCCAAUAGCAAUUUUAUCACCAGGUUUAAAUAAUUUACCCUGCGUAAUUGUAUUGUGAAUCUCACUUUCAAAUGCAUAAAAAAAGCAUUCUUUACAUAAUGCAUGUCCAGUUUUAGGUCUCUUAAGGACAGCCUUUUUCCCACACUGCCUCGAACAUGGAAUAGGCAUUUUGUUGUAUUUUAGAUUGUUCUCUUUAUACUACGAAUAUUACAAUAGAACUGUCACUAUGAUAAUUUAACUUGUAGUUUGUGUUUCUGCUUCCUUUCUUUUAUUCAAUGAACUCAAAAAUCACAGUGUUGUUUGUAGAGGUUAUGUUAAAGUUUCAUAAAAUUUUUUUGAAUUCACAUUAAUAUUAAAAAAUAAUUUUUUAUUAUUUAUACACAAAAAUAACUUCAGAAUAUAACUCGAUUGAAAUCAAUUUUUACGAUGUGAAAAUAAAAGAAACUUCGUCAGUUUAUACAAAAAUAGUAAAAGAAUUUUUAAUCACGUGUACUGUUUAAACAAUAUACGUAAUAUGUAUUCCAUGGAACUUGUUAAUCUUCUGGUUUUUCUGGAGGCGGGCCGCAGGGCUUAGGUGACAUGCCUAGCAGCCGUGAUAUUGAAAGAGCUGAACGUAAUGGAAGAUUCCGAUCGCGUAGAAGAGGUAGUACCAGCAGUGAUAUAAAUCGACAUAGUUUUGAAGCACCUGAUAAGAAGCACAGAAGGCAUGGGAAAAAUAAAAGUUCUGGAAAAAAGAAAAAGAAAAGAUCAAGAGAUAAGUCCAUAGAGAAUGUGCCGACUGUAGCUUCUUCAAUUGUUAAACCAUUGGUUGAAUACUCAGAUGUGAGUAGUGAAGACUUAUCUGAACCAGAAGCUGGAGAAAUUCAAUCAGAAGACAGUAGAGGUAAUAGCUAUACAGAUGGAGAAGUACCUGAACCAGUUUUACAAAGACGUUAUUAUGGAGGAAGUCCAGUACGUGCUCUUGGAGCAUCUCCUAUUAGUCUUUCACCAUCUCCACCAGUUCAACAUAGGCAUACUAAUAGACAUUAUUCACCAAAUGAACAACAACCUUCGGCAAUGCAUGGUGGAACACCUGAAUAUGAAGAAGAGUCUAGACGAUAUGCAAGGAGAAAAGAGAAGAAACAUAAACGAGAAAAGAAGAAGAAGAAAAGUCUUAGUCCUUCGUCUAGUUCUGGGAAAAAGAAAAAACGAAAAUCCAAAAAACAUUCUCAUAGUCUGAGUCCGCAUCGUAUUACAGAUGAAAUUAUUAUAAGUCCAGAACAUGAAAAACCAGUUGGUAAUUGGUCAGAAUCACCACCUUUACCAUUAAAAGACAGUACCUCACCAAUAUCACCUGCUACGCCUCAAGAACAAAGGUGUUUAAGUGACGUAGAACUUGAAAUAACAAGACAACCACGAAAUGUAACACCUCCACCGCUUCCUCCAAGACCAACAGAAUCUCCCCAUACUCCUUUAAUACCUCCGAGAACGACAACGCCAGAAAAUAAUAAAGCAAAUUUAUCCACAAUGAAACAGACUCCUGAAAGACAAAAGCAUAGUCCUAGUAUUCAUACACGACGUAGUAGCAUUAGUCCUGGACCCACUAUUAGCUCCAAUCGCAGGAGACCUCAUAGUCCAAGUCCACCGUCAAGACGAAGGGACCAUAGCCCAACGAGAAGAAGAGAUUUUAGUCCAAGUCCAAUGGUGCAUAGACUGAGGCAUAGCCCUAGUCCUUCCACACGACGGAGAGAAUUCAGUCCGAGUCCCGUAACUCAUCGUCGUAGAGAUCCUGUUAGCUCUCCAUCUUUGAAACGUAGACGACGUGAUGAAUCUGAAAGACGACAUAGACAUCAUGAAAAAGACAGAAGAGAUAAAAGGAAAUCGAGGUCAACUAGAAGUCCUACUGGAAGCAGGUUGCAUUUACCUCUUUCUCGUUCACGAUCACGGAGUCCUGGACGAUGGCGAAAGUUACAAUCGCGAUCUAGAUCUCGUUCGCGAAGAAGAAGUCGUACUCCAAAAAAAUCUCGUUCUCCUAGCAAGUCACAUAAAUCAGCAAGAAAACACAAAUCAAAAAGUCCACGUCCUUCGAGGAUACCUUCUCCUUCACCUCAUAGACCUAGAGCGAGAAGUCCUUCAAGUAUCACAGCAAGAAAUCUUCGAGUGCAAGCAAAAAUUAGUGAAACUAGUUUAUUUGCUGAACUUGUAAAGGAUAGAAACAUGAGAGAAUUAGCAUACAAAAAGUUACAGGCUGCUAAGGAAAAGGCUGUCACUCAAGAUGAAGUUCAAAUUAUAGAAGGUACUGAUGAGAAAGAUGCUAGUAAUACAUCUUCCGAGAACAAAGCAUCCACUGACAAUAAAGAUAAAUAUGUGAAUCAUAAAGAUCAACUGAAGACGACAAAUGAAAGUAUGAAGCCUGUUGAUCUUGUGGAUAUUCCUGUUCCAAUAUCGGAUGAUAACGGAAUAGCCGGAAAAACACCACCAUUGCCAAUCACACAAACCGUUAAUGCACCAAAUGUAAUACCUGGAACUAAUCAGCAUAUGAUUGCAUAUACUUCGCCUACAACUACCACUAGCGUUUGUCCAGUGACUGUUACAAACAGUCCUAGUUUCCCUGCCGUUACAAAUCUACAAGCACCACCAUUGCCACAAUCUGAGUCUGCAAAUACAGCAGGUUUAGUAUCUAUGCCAGUGUCUAUUCCUGUACCAGUACCUGUUCUUCCUAAUUUAUCUGUUCCACCACCACCUAUACCUAUACCAGUUCCAGCACCAAACACGGCUAUGUCUAAAUUUAAUCCUCCUAACAAUCUAGUUCCUCUUAAAUCAGUAGAUCCUCCCAAGCCUCCUAUUGUGGCAUUCAAGACUAAAAGUUUAUCACGAUUACCAUUACCACCUGGAAUUAAUCAAAAUGAUUUAGAGAGUAUAGACUCGCCACCGAGUCGAUCUCCAAGUCCGCCUAGUAAGGCACAAAUGAAAUUCUCAACUUCAACUCCAAAACCACCUCAGAAGAAGAGUAUUAAAGAUUUACCUAUGCCACCAGUUGUUCCUGGCUCAGAAGAUUUAAGUGGAGAAGAUGAUCCAAAUGCAACUCCUCCUCGUACGAAAAUUGAACGAAUUCCACCAAAACCGAAAUUGAAGAGACCAAAAAUUUUAAAGCGUAGAGGUUCCAGAAAUUGUCAUACUCCUAUGUCGGCUUCAAGCGGUAAAGAUUGGGGAGAACGCUCUGUCGACGUAUUUGAAGUCAUAGCUCAAAUAGGAGAAGGUACUUAUGGACAAGUGUAUAAAGCUCAAGACAAACGAGCUGGUGUGCUUGUCGCAUUAAAGAAAGUUCGUCUAGAAAAUGAGAAGGAAGGAUUUCCUAUUACUGCAGUACGAGAAAUAAAAAUCUUACGACAACUUAAUCAUAAAAAUAUCGUGAACUUAAGGGAAAUAGUCACGGACAAACAAGAUGCGUUGGAUUUUAGGAAGGACAAGGGUUCAUUCUAUCUUGUAUUUGAAUACAUGGAUCAUGAUUUAAUGGGUCUUUUGGAGUCUGGAAUGGUGGAUUUCAAUGAAAUGAAUAAUGCAAGCAUCAUGAAACAACUACUAGAUGGAUUAAAUUAUUGCCACAGUAAAAACUUUUUACAUAGAGACAUCAAGUGUUCUAACAUAUUGAUGAACAACAAAGGAGAAGUCAAGUUAGCUGAUUUUGGCCUUGCAAGACUUUAUAAUGCUGAAGAUAGACAGCGUCCCUAUACAAACAAAGUGAUAACUUUGUGGUAUAGGCCACCUGAAUUAUUACUGGGCGAAGAACGUUAUGGCCCUGCCAUAGAUGUGUGGAGUUGUGGCUGCAUUUUAGGAGAAUUAUUUUCUAAAAAACCGCUAUUUCAAGCAAAUGUAGAAAUGAUGCAGCUGGAGAUGAUUUCUAGAGUUUGUGGUACACCAACUCCUGCCGUUUGGCCAUCUGUGAUAAAAUUGCCAUUAUGGCAUACAUUGAAACCAAAAAAAUCACAUAGAAGACGUUUACGAGAAGAUUUUUCAUUCAUGCCAACUCCAGCUCUGGAUCUUUUAGACAAAAUGCUGGAAUUAGAUCCAGAAAAACGAAUAACGGCUGCUGAUGCACUUAAAAGUGCAUGGCUAAAAAAUGUUCAACCGGAGCAGAUGCCAGCACCUCAACUUCCUACUUGGCAAGACUGUCAUGAGCUUUGGAGUAAAAAACGAAGACGUCAGCAACGAGAACAACAAGAAAGCUCUGCAGGAAAGAUGCCUCUUCUUCCUCUUCCAAAUAAAGGAGGUCCCCAUAAGGCUAUGGAAGAUCUAUCUGAUGUUGGGGGGUCUUCCAAACGUUUAAAAAUGGAAGCAGGUUACAAUUCUCACCCAAAUCGUCUUGAUACGGAAUCCUACUAUGGGGGAGAUAACUUGUUCAACCAAAAUAGACCUUAUAUGGUCUCAUCGCCAUCAUAUUAUUACACAAGUCCUCCACCUGUUACACCACGGCCCAAAGGAGAUGCUAGCAGACCUUAUAUGAUCUCAUCACCAUCAUAUUUUUAUGUUAGUCCACCACCUGUUACACCACGACCCAAAGGAGAUACUAGCUCUCACAUGUCGGAGUUAUACACAGAAGAUAAUCUUGUUCGAAAAUUAAGUGUCCUCACAAAUGCAUUAAAUCAAGGAAAACCAAUUCGUGUUGAAGAUCUUAUGUCACUUCGAUCAGAUAAUGAGAGUGACCCAAAAGUAGUACAAUUACUAGGGGAAUUGCAUGCUGAACUACGACUUGCAGCAAAUUCAAGGUCAAGUGGACUGGUAGAAUCUCAUCUUCCUGUAUUAAAUCCGCUAUCUAUAGAUACAAAUGCAGCACAGUCAGGAAAUUUUGAUGCACAUGCAGUUUAUGCUGGUGAUGAUGCAAUGAGUUCUGGAAGAUGGUCACAAGUGGCUACAGCAGGUGUUCGCAGUGCAUUAUUAGCGCUAAUGUCGCGCUACGGUUUGGAAACUUGCAAUCCUUCCCCUGUUAUCACCCGACCCCCAGAUUGAAGUGAUUCCAAGAGAAACACGUACACUACGAAAGUGAGGUUAGGACGUGCUUCUAUACCGGCAAAGCUGUAUAUGUGGCGAUAUUAUGGCGAUUUGUGCUGCGGUUUAAAGAGAAACUGGCGAUACGCUGUAGAUUAUUCAGUGAAGUGAUCAACAGUAUGAUUUGUGGGAAUGAAUAAUAAAUUGUUUAUUUUGUUGAAUUUGUUCGAUUCUAUGCACGGUGUGAUAAUAAUAUAAUAUAAUAAAAAAAAACGCAACGAAUUAAUUAACAUCAAGUGAAAAGAGGGGCAGGGUAUUAAAUUGUUAAAAAAAAAGAAAAAAAAAUUACCUAACCUCGUUCAUUUUACUGAUGGCUUUGUCAGAUGUUUUACAAUUCGAUUGUUCAAUGGACAAUCAGAUUGCGCGAAAUGCUACGAAGAAUUUCGCUGGAAUGCUAGGAAAAGCAUUCGAACAAUAUAAGAAGCUAUGGAGCGAAUAUUUAAAAGUGCUAAAACAUUAUGAAGGUGUUAACUUUAAGAUUCCACUUGAGUUGUUUGAAUCAGAUAUUUUUGAUAAUAAAGAAGUUAUUACACCUGCUAUUGAUCAAGUGUUAACAAAUACAGAAGCAUCUCCGCAUAAAAGUAUUAGUUGUAGUUUUGAUAGUACUUCAAGUAUAGAUAAUAUUGUUGUACCUAAUACAUCUAUUAAUCAUCAAAUACAAGAAGACAAAUUGUUAAAGAGUCCAAUACUUAUAAAAAAAUAUUCUAGAUCCAAAAAGGCCAAUGUUACAAAUGAUCGAUUUAAUUUAGAAAAUUUCAAGGAAAAUAAAAUGAAUUCGUGCCUACCAAUGAAAAUAGAUACUUCUAUUUUAAUAAAUUUAGAGAAUAAUAUUAAACAAGAGACAUCAUCUGAGAAUGAAAAUAAAUGUUCAAUUAUUGAGAAUAAUAAUGAUGAGAUAGAUACAUCUGUUACCAAAAUAUCAAAAAAAUUAGGAGUUAGUACGUUAUAUAAUAUAAAUACCACUUUAUUACAAAAUGGCAAAAAACUUAGGCAAUCAAAACUUAUGAUUCUUGAAGAUGAACAAUCAACUAAUACCAAAGAUCAGAAACACAAUAGUUUAAAUUUUUUAACAGUACAUGUUUCGCCUAAAUCUAAAAGAGACAUAGAAGGAAAGUUCAAAAAUCAUAAUAAUUCUAUAGAAGAGGAUAUAAUUCAAAAUAGUCCGAAUAAACGUAUAAAGAUGAAUUCAAAAAUGAAAAAUUUAAAAUUAAAGAAAAUAACUUCAGAAAAGAAAAUUAAACAAACUAGCCUCAAUUGUUAUUUACCAUCUCUACAAACAUCUAUAAAAGAAAAUCAAACGUGUUUAUUUACAAAGCCAAAAAUACUUAAUUUUUGUAGUGGAAAUGUUAGUAAUGAUGAUAAGAUACAAGAAAAUAAUGGUCGAAUAAAAGAAAAAACAUAUUCAGAAGCAAUUAGUCAAUUGCUUGAUACCAAUUCUUCAACAUGUGAUGAUGAAACAUUCUAUAUGUUAGGGGAAGAAUUAAAACAAAAAUCUGCUUGUGAUAUAAAUGAAUUAGAAGGAAAUGUAUUUAAAAAUAAGUCUUCAAGAAAGAAUCUUAUGAACAGUUUUGAUAUUAUUACACUAGUCUUGGACUUUCCGAGGAAGAAAUAAAAAUGAGGCAAAAUAAGUGUUCUAGACACAGAACUAUGUAUGAAAGAAGUUCUACACCUGAUAAUUUCUGGAAUCCCCUAUUUCCUGAUGCUUCUUUUAACUCUACUUACCAAAAUUGAAGUAAAGUUUGUUGAUAUAAAUUUUAAUAAAUAUGAAAAUCAUACAAAAUAAAAGUACAAAUUGUAUAAAUACUUAUAAUUUCAGAUGUGUGAUAUGUAUAAAAUAUAGCGUUUAAAAAAAGAAAAUAAAUCUGAAGAAUAAAAACAUAUUACCUGUAUGAUUUGAACAUAGACUGAUUUAUUAUAUUAUAACACAUAUAGUAUUACAUUUUUUGAGUGUAUGUGUAACACACAUACACACACACGCACAUAGUAUAGAUUUAUAUAUUAUUUCAUUUUAUAUAGAUUCAUCCUUUUGCAUAAAAAUAUAGAAUCUUUUAUAUGAAUCUGUGCUGAAAGAGGCUAAUGAAACAUAUCUUGGUUAAGCAAACUCACGGUUAGUUCACAAUAUAUCACUUUUACUAAUUUAACAUAAAUUUAACAUAAAAUAUAGACUAUUAUAACUAAUGUUUUAAAUUUUUUUACUUAAGUUUUUAGAGCGUAAAGCAUUCAGAAAUGAAAACAGCAUUAUAAAAUUUAAUUAUUCAACACUAUAUGUCAUUUUGUUUUAAGUUUGUUUUGUAAUUUAAUUUACUUGCAGUACCUGAUAAAUAACUGCUUAAAUCGCAACUUAAUAAAAAAGAGAAAGUAAUAAAAAUGGAGAAAAAAGCAUUUUGUAAUCGUACUGCACAAUAAAAAGAAAAGAAUUUUAAAUACAAUUUGCUCAUCCUGUGAAAGGCUGGAUCCACAGUAUGAACAAUGCUAUAACUUUAAAGCAACGACAAUGCUUCCAUUUACAACUCGUAAUAUUGACACAGCAAUUUGUGCAAAUAUGUAUGCAUAUAUUUUUCCUUUAAUAUACCGUUUAAUAUCAUUUUCAUGAUAUCGAUGAUUAAACAUUUCAUUCACAGGCGUGUUGAUAGUAACAUUUCCACAUGAUAUUUAAAACAUUUAAAUUUAUAUUACGUGGUCGUAUUCUAAUUCAUAUUUCACAUCGAUAAGACAUUUUUACAAUAAUUUUUUUUUUAAUAAUAACGAUACUUAAUUAUAAUGUGAAUUAUAUUGUGCAGCUCGAUCAUUUUUAUUUCUGAACGUAGAAAAAAGAUUGAGAUAAAUAGUGCUUCUUGCGAAUUUCUCGCACGAGAUUUUAUAUUUAACGCCUAAAAAUUUCAUUUCACGGAAACAACAGUCAUAGCCGUCUAUUAAAAUCCAUUCUUUUUAGAACAUGUAACAAUAGUAUAAAAAUUCUGAUUUGAAUUUCUAAUGUGGAAAUUUCGAUUCUCGCAUUUCUAACAUAAAAAUUUCAAAUGAAAUUCUGUAUAUCAAAGACUUUUCUGAAGAAAUUAGAUAACAACAGAUCAACGAAGUAGAUAAUUGAACGCAUAAUUAAUUAAUAUAUGACUUAAUUAAUAUGAGCAUCAAUGUUAUAUUACACUUGAUAGAAUUGACUGAGCAGAUAGAAUUAUGUUAAUUAUUCCACAAUAUAUUUUGGUAUUUUAUUUAAAGCUAUUGUAAAGCACGUUAGUAGAGUUGUCCAUGAGGGGAAGCAGCACAUUUUUAACUUAAAAGUAAAACUUUUGUAAUAUGAAAUUAAAGAUAGAAUAAACUAUACGAAGACUGAGCUACAUAAUGAGAGGUAAACAUCCAUUUCCACGAUAAAAUAAUAUAUCGCGUUAAAAUUUGGUUAUUACAAAAAUUACUUCAAAAGACAAAUUCACAAGGACUCACAGUACAAAUGAUUCCAUUACUAGUUGAUAUUUAGAAUUCCAUCAGCUGCAUAGCUCAGUCUUUCGAAUCCAUUUGCUUAUACCCGAUUAUUCAAAUAGGCCGUAGUCAAACGAGAUGCAUAAUUAAAUAUUAUAGAUUGCCACGUAAACUUCUCUCUAAAAUAGUUAAUAUAAUUUUAUAUAUAUUUAUCUCGUAACAUCAAUAAAAAAGCAAAAUCUUCAUCAAUUUAAAGAGUUCGAUAUUUUCUAUAAUGAAGCAUAGUCAAAACAUAAUAGCUCAUUAGAAAUUUAUAACGGAUUUGUACGAUGAUAGGAUAUGUUCAAAAGUAUUUAGAAGAAGAAAGUUCUAGGGAACAAAAAAUGCGAUUACGGUCAGCUAGAAAUAUUUGGCCAUUUUUUCCUCUGGUAAAUUGUG